AUGGAAGGUACUGCGAAAAAGUUACUAAUAGAUUCGACGUGCAAAUAUGACGUUUCUUUAUGUGACAAAAAAUGCGAAAAUCACAAUGUCAGGAUAUUCAGAUUCAAAUUUCCCGAGGAAAAUAUGAUUCUAGGUCAUGAAUGUAGUAAUCACUGUAUAUUACAUUCCAAAGUCGGAGAGGAAUAUCUAUCGAGACCUUUCACCCCUAUCUCUUUAAUUAACACCAAAGGAUACGUCGAGUUUAUGAUUAAGAUAUAUUUUCGAAAUGUCCAUCCUAAAUUCCCUGCGGGAGGGAAGUUUACCCAACACUUGGAUAGUCUAAAAAUUGGUGACGUUGUACAAAUUUCUGGUCCGCAUGGAAAAGUCGCUUACAAAGGGAAAGGAAAAUUUAUCAUCAAAUCAAAAAAUGAAACUUCCUCAAUAAUGGAUGUAAAAAAAUUAGGAUUAAUCGCUGGUGGGGUAGGUAUUACUCCGGCCCUGCAGAUAUUACGAACAAUAAUUAAUGAUCCUGAAGAUAAAAUUAAUUGUUCAUUCAUAUACGCAUCUUCGGAAAAACGGGAUAUUUUACGAAACGAAGAAUUCGAAGAAAUGACGAAAAAACUAUGCGGCCGAUUAAAAAUUUGGUAUACCUUAGAAAAACCCGGUCCAGACAUAGAAGCAUUGACGUCAGUCCAUUCAUCUCCCAAUUCUUGUAUAGUCUACGAUGAAUCAGAAACAUACAGUGUUACCAAAACCAGAAAUAUAAACGGCAUAUUUCAAACUUCUGGAGAGGUUAUGACAAUGUUUAUAAAUAUUUUAGAUUGGCCAUUCGGUACCGGUUUAAUAAGCAAGCAGAUGAUUCAGGAACAUCUUUUUCCUCCUGGCGAAAAUAAUUUGAAUUUAAUAUCUGGUCCUUGGCCCAUGUUGGAACAAGUAAUAAAAUCCCUUACGGAACUUGGCUAUUGCCAAGGAACAUACAGUUUGUAUUUCUAA